UCCGAAGAUACCACCAUGUUCCACCGCCUCCGCGCCAGCGUCCGUCCGCAUUUGCCGUACGCCGUCACCGCCAUGGGCGUCGGCCUCGGCAUGGGCCUCGUGACCUCGAACCGCCCGUCGGAGCUGUCGUCGGUCCCGUCCACGAUCAUCGUGCCCGAGAAGCAGCCCAAGAUGAACGGCCUCAAGAUCUUUAGCGGCAAUGCCAACUCGCCGCUGGCGAGCAAGGUCGCGGAGCUCGUGGGCGUGAACCUCGGCAAGAUCACCGUCGAGCGCUUCGCCGACGGCGAAGUGAAUGUCAUGGUCCAUGAAAACGUCCGUGGCAAGGACGUCUACAUUGUCCAGCCCACGUGCGUGCCCGUCAACGAAAACUUGAUGGAGCUCCUCCUCAUGGUCAGCACGAUGCGUCGCGCGUCGGCUCGCCGCAUUACCGCCGUGAUCCCGUACUACGGCUAUGCUCGCCAGGAUCGCAAGAUGGCGGCGCGUGUCCCGAUCUCGGCGGCCGAUGUUGCCCGCCUCUUGGAGGCCAUGGGUGUCGACCGUGUCAUUGCCGUCGACUUGCAUUGCGGCCAGAUCCAGGGUUUCUUUGGCCCGCGUGUCCCCGUGGAUAACCUGGAUGGUGGUCUCGUCGGCGUCUCGCACUUUGGCAACAUGGAGCUCGUGAACCCUGUCGUCGUCUCGCCCGACGCCGGUGGUGUCGCCCGCGCCAAGAAGUUCCGCGAGUGGCUCGUCGGUAAGGAAGGCAUUGAAAACGUCGGCCUCGCCAUGAUCAUCAAGCAGCGCGUCCGCGCCAACGAGAUUGGCAGCAUGGACCUUGUCGGCAACGUCAGCGGCUCGGACUGCAUCAUCGUCGACGACAUGAUCGACACGGCCGGCACGCUCUGCAAGGCCGCGCAGCACUUGGCGGACCACGGCGCGCGCAACGUGUAUGCGUUUGCGUCGCACGGUCUCUUCAACGGCCCGGCCAGCGAGCGCAUCAAGGCGUCGGCGCUCAAGCAGGUCGUGGUCCUCAACACGACGCCGCUCCCCGCCUCGUGCGUCGGCAACGAAAAGAUCAAGCAGCUCGACGUUGCGCCGCUCUUGGCCUCGGCGAUCCUCAACAUCCACGGCAAGAAGUCGGUGUCGCAAUUGUUCAACUAAGCACGCGCGCCGCCGCCAUAUAUAUAUGCACCCAUAGACGCCUCUUGCAUGGACAC